UCGUGCCCAGCGUCAGCUCGGGGGGGCCGCCUUAGUGCGUGGAGAGGAAGCGAGUCCAGGUGGCACUCCGAAGUCCCCGCGAUGGCUGCACGGGGAUGCGAACCUUCACGGCUGCCGCUGCCGGUACUGCUGCUGCUGCUGCUGCUGCCGCUGCCGGCCGCGGGCGCUGCAGGCGCGCGGUGGAGCGGGGAGGGCACCAGCCCGCACCUGCAGAGCAUCUUUCUGGGCCGCUGUGCCGAGUACAGCUCGCUGCUGAGCACGGAGGAGCGGAACAAGAACUGCACAGCCAUCUGGGAAGCCUUUAAAGUGGUGCUGGACAAGGAUCCCUGCUCUGUGUUUCCCUCGGACUAUGACCUUUUUAUCAACCUCUCCAGGCACUCUAUUCCCAGAGACAAGUCUCUGUUCUGGGAAAAUAACCAGCUCCUUGUCACUAGCUAUGCAGAGAACACCCGUCGCUUUACACCUCUAUGCGAUGUUCUGUAUGGCCGGGUUGGAGAUUUCUUGAGCUGGUGUCGACAGACAAAUGCCUCUGGACUCGAUUACCAAUCCUGCCCCACAGCAGAAGAUUGUGAAAACAAUCCUGUGGAUUCUUAUUGGAAAAGGGCAUCCAUCCAGUAUUCAAAGGAUAGUUCUGGGGUGAUCUAUGUCAUGCUGAAUGGUUCAGAGCCAACAGGAGCCUAUCCGGUUAAAGGUUUUUUUGCAGAUUUUGAAAUUCCCCACUUCCAGAAGGAUAAAAUCACACGAAUUGAGAUCUGGGUCAUGCAUGAAAUUGGGGGACCCAAUGUGGAAUCCUGUGGAGAAGGCAGUGUGAAAGUCCUGGAAGAGAGACUGGAGGAAAUGGGUUUUCAGUACAGCUGCAUUAAUGAUUACCUAAAUAGAACCUAUGUACAGAAAAAUGCACAAACCAUAAGUAUGCAGUUGGAUGAAUUUUCACAAGUUCAGCAUAUACCUGAACCAGCACCCAGACCAAGAAACAGAAGACCAGUGAAGCUGUUAAAGUGCGUGGACCACAGCACUCAUCCUGACUGUGCCUUAAAGUCGGCAGCAGCACCUACUCAAGAAGAAGUCCCAUCCCUCUAUGCAGAACAAAGUGCCAGCCUCAUCAUUCCUCUCUUAGUGGCUGUGGCUUCAGUUGCUCAAAAGUAGCUAGAAACUCAGCUCUGCUGCCCUAACCAGCCGCCACCCCUGACACCUGCCCUUGCACACUCAUCCUUCUUGUUCUGUGUACACUCAGUGAUUCCAUUGUCUAAAGAAGCUUCCUGCUGGGAAAACAAUGUCCUGAAAUGGGUUUUUAAUGACACACAUGCCCAGGAUUUCAAAAACAAGAGAUUAGUCUUAUUUAACAGGUUAAAACUGCUGCAUUAGAAUUAAAAUAAAUUAUUUUCUUAUUUUCAUAUUGAUACAAAGCAUUGAGACCCAGACUGUUCAUUAUACAGUCAAACAUUUUUAGAAAAUUCUAAUAGAACUGUAUUUUAUAUUUUUUCUAUAUCCCCAGUAGGGCACACUGCAUGCUUAUUGAUAGCUUAUGAUCUAUGUACACUAUAUAAAUGUAUACAUAUAUAUUUGGUAGGCAAAGAUUUAUGUAUAAAGAUGUUCAUUUAAUGGUUAUUUAUAAUGGGGGAAAAAACCCAAAAUGUCUAAUAAUAGGAAACUGUUUACAUAUGGGUUGGUAUAUCUGUAGGAUGGAAUAUUAUUCAAAUAGUAAAAGUCAUGUUUACCAACCCAGAUGUCCUUCAGCUGGUGAAUGGAUAAACUAACUCUGAUACAUCUCUACAUGGAAUAUUACUCAGCAAUAAAAAGUAACCAGCUGUUGGCAUUUGUGCUAAGUGGAAGAAGCCAGAGCAAGAGACUACAUAAUGUAUGAUUCUAUUUACAUGACAUUCUGGAAAAUGCAAAACUAUAGGAACGGAGAACAGAUUGGUGGUUGCCAGGGGUUAAGACUAGGGGGAGGGCUGACUAAAAAGGAGCAGUGUGAGGGAAUUUGGGGGGAGUGAUGAAACUUUGUACAUUGUGAAUCUACGUAUUUGUCAACACUCACAGAACUGAACAUCAAAAGGAGUCAAUUUCACUGUAUGUAAAUGAAAUGUUUUCAAAGAACAUUUAAUCACAUAGGAAAAUGUCAACAAUAAGUGCAAGAGAUGGGAUAUAAAACUGUUUAUCAUAUGACCCAACUGUCUAAAUAUAAUAUAAAUGUAUAAUAUAAAUGUAAUAAAUAUAUAUGUGUGUUUGUGUGAUAUACAUAUUGUGAUUGAAUGAAAGGAAAGGUAAUAAAUCAAUUAUCUCGGGAUAA